CACUAUCCAUUUCUCCCUGACCUUAGCUGGUCACGCAUGCUUUAGUCGGAGCCCACAGACAAACUUGGUGCAUUAGCAAAUAUUAGCAAAUAUUGAUGUAUAACUCACAGGUUGGGCAUCCGAAACAAGGCUGAAUGGGAAUACACGUAUUCAACUAGUGGAAUCAUCCAGACAGGAGAAGGUAACAGACGCAAACUUCUGUGCGGCCCACAUUGGCUUGACAAGCUUCCUCCAUGAAUGAGUGGGCGGGCCCCGACAUCGAUGUGGUGGGACCACUGCAAAUCCCACAUGCCGAUGAAUUCUCCAUCACAGAGAGCUCCCAUUUAUUCGAUAUUCUGGCUGACCAGAGCAGUUCUCUGCUGCAGGACCCUGACAUGUUACCUUUCACCAGCUACCCAGGCAUGCAGUACUCAAACAUGGAGCCGACUGUGUCCACGACGCCAUACUACUGCAAUCAGAACUACUAUCCUCAGUACGGCGGAGAAGAAUGGUACUCUCACACUGGCCUAUAUGAACUAAGGAAAACCACACCGGAGGACAGCUAUAACGGUGACAGGGAGGAGGUUUCCGCCGUCGUGCCUGCUGUGUGCAAGAGGACCCGGCACAUGACCCAGGCUGGACGCAUCAAAGGGGAGGAGCUAUGUGUCGUGUGCGGAGACAAGGCGUCUGGCUACCACUAUAAUGCGCUCACUUGUGAGGGAUGUAAAGGUUUCUUCAGAAGGAGCAUAACGAAGAAUGCGGUGUACAAGUGCAAAAAUGGCGGAAACUGUGAGAUGGACAUGUAUAUGCGCAGGAAAUGCCAGGAAUGCCGACUAAGGAAAUGCAAGGAGAUGGGCAUGUUGGCAGAAUGCCUGCUUACAGAGAUUCAAUGUAAAUCCAAAAGGUUGCGGAAAAACACCAAGGCCUCCCCAGGACAGUCGACCGGAGACGAGACAGAGGGGGUAGACAACAAACAAGUCACGUCGACCACCAAACUGUCAAAGGAAAAACUUACUAAAGAGCAGCAGACAUUUGUGAAGGCUAUUGUAGAAGCUUACGACAGGCAUCAAAUUCCUCAAGAAGUGACCAAAAAACUGCUUCAAGACCAAUACAGCGCUGAGGAAAACUUCCUCCUCUUAACAGAAAUGGCAACAAGUCAAGUCCAAGUACUGGUGGAGUUUACAAAAAAUAUCCCAGGCUUUCUGUCCCUGGAUCACGAAGAUCAGAUUGCUCUGCUGAAGGGUUCGGCAGUGGAAGCCAUGUUUCUACGCUCUGCUCAGGUUUUCUGCUGCAAGAUGCCAAGUGGGCACACAGAGGUUUUGGAGGCGAGGAUACGCAAGAGUGGUAUAUCAGAGGAGUUCAUCACACCGAUGUUCAACUUUUACAAAAGCAUCAGUGAGCUCCACAUGCUGCAGGAGGAGAAGGCUCUCCUCACCGCUAUAACCAUCCUGACAGCAGAUCGGCCUUAUGUGAAGGAUCAACAGGCGGUGGAAAGACUGCAGGAGCCCAUGCUGGACGUGCUGAAGAAGCUGUGCGUCCUGCAGCGUCCGCAGGAGCCUCAGUACUUUGCACGUCUUCUGGGCCGGCUGACCGAGCUGAGAACGCUCAAUCACUAUCAUGCAAAAAUGCUUACAUCCUGGAGGAUGAACGAUCACAAAUUCACACCGCUUCUCUGUGAGAUCUGGGAUGUGCAGUGACAAGAGAAGGAACGGGGAUGUACUGUAGCAUGGACAUUUGAACUUGAAAGAUGGUCACGGUCCACAGUGUAUAUAUGGUGUACAUCUGUUGAUAUACUGUACAUGUUUCAAAUAAACUCCUGCACAACCA